AUGUUACGAAAUGUGUGCACUUUUUCCACGCAUUUCGGAAAAUGCGUUUUUCAAGCAAACCAGACUUUUCGUGGCAUGGCGGGUCAUUCAAAAUGGGCGAAUAUUAAGCAUACUAAAGCCCUGAAAGACGGUGCCAGAGCGGCACUGUUUGCCAAGAUUUCGCGGCAAAUCCGGAUGGCCAUUCAGGAGGGAAACUCUGCGGAUCCCGCAAUAAAUUCUCUUCUGCGGACGGAAAUAGAAAGGGCCUUGAAGCAAAACAUGCCCAGCGGUACAAUACAAAACACUUUAAACAAAUUUAAAUCUAAUAAAAUUCAACUUAAGAAGUACCGCCUUGACAUCCGGUAUAAAAGGAACGUAUACUUGAUAUGCAUGCUUUACACAGACAACUUUUCUGGAGUAAAAAUGGACGCGACACCAAUGAUAAAGAAAGCCGGGGGCGAAUUCAUGGAUGUCGGAAACCUGUUUGAGGACUUUGGCUUGAUAGAAACUCGGUUUGAUACAUCAAAGCUCCUUAACGGGCCCAGUUUGGAAGAUAAAGCCACUAAUGAUGCGAUAGAACUUGGUGCGGAAGAGAUCGAAAUAGUUGACAAUGCCGAAGGCUCGGUUAAUUUCCGAUGUAGUCCUGUUGUUUUAACUGCCUUAAGUAGAAACUUGGAAAAGGCUGGAUACAAUAUAGAAAAUAGUGAACACAUAUUUUCUCCUAUGAAUGUUGUGAAAUUAUCCGUAGAAGACCAAAAAGCGUACGACGUGUUUAUAGAAAAACUGAGAAACAUCCCAGGUUUAGAGGAUAUAUAUAACAAUGUUGAAUAAAAACAGACCUGUUGAAUGAAA